CAAUAUUCAAUUCGCGUUCGUUGAAGAAAAAGGACGGCAGCUGCGGAAGUCGGCAAAUAUUUGUUCUUGUAUACCAGAAUCAUCAACAACAAAAAAGUUUACAAAAGCAGAGUAUUUAAACUGUGUGUCUUAAAGAAUAAAAUAAAAAAAACAGAAAUUGUAAAAAAGGAGUUGAAGAAACUUGAAGAACAAAUAAAAUAAAACAACUUUAAAAUAAUUUAGCGCAGGACAGUAAAAAGAGAAAUUAACCUAAAAAAUAAAACAACAUAAAGUUUUUAUUAAAAAAAAAAAGAGAAAAAGAGAGUUGAAAGAAGGAGAGCAAUAAAAAAGUCGUAUAAAAAGGACUUGUGAAAAAAAUAAAAUAAAACAGAAAACUGUUUUUGUGUUGUGCGCAUUUGAAAUCUUAUUAAAAGUUAUUUUUUGAAAAGAAUCUGCAAUGGAGAACCAAGAAAUCAUGGAUCAAUUUUUGGAAAACAGACAAAACUACAUGAUGGAUAACAACAGUAUGCAGCACAUGAAUGUGAAUGUUGCCAGUGCCGGCUGUGAUGCAGUAGUAGGAGGAGGUGUACCAGGAGAAGUUGUAACUGCUGGUGUUGCCGGAGAGAUCUUGGGUGUUAAAUACGAUGAACAUCACGAAGAACACGAUGUUGGCGAUGACGACGAACUCAAGUACGUUAAAGAAGUGCAGCAGAGCGAAAAGCUGCAGCAACAACAGCUGCAAACGUUGAAAAACUUGGGCCUAGACGACAAUGAUGAUGAUGUUGGUACAUACGAAAGCAAUGAGUUGGCAGAAAAAGAAACUACCAACAAUGCAGCUUACGAGUUUGGCAAUGGAGAUGGCGGUUUUGUUUUCGGUGGAGAUCAUCAUCAGCCACAACAACAGCAACCACAUCAUGACUUGUUUAAUUUGGGCAAUGGUCAUGAUACCAAUGGUCAUGAAGAUUUUGGCAACAUUGUUUCCUCUGGAUUUGAAGAAAAGCUUAAUAUGAUGGAUAGCGAAAUGGAUGGUUUUAAAAACGAGGGAGAUAUCUCCUCCACCUCCAAUGUUACAGAAUCUGUCGAAGGCUUUGUUCCCCAGGUGGAUGUCAAAAUUGAAACAAAGGCAGAACAUCAACAAGAAAUGGUCGAUGAAGAGGAACCUUCCUCUUUGGCCACAAACACUACAAAUGGCACCAGCAGUUUGAGUGAAAAUGUUCCCCCACAGACUAAUGCUGCGGAAGCGGCACCACAGCAAGCAAAUGCAUUUGAUGAUUUUAUGUCCAAUUUGGAGAACAAAGAAAACUCAGAUCCCUUAACAGCUCCACGACCAACUGAACUUGAUUUGGAACAGGCCCACUCCCAACUUAACCCUGAUGCUAAGGAAUUCAUACCCAGUUUUGGCUCUAAUCCUGCUUCACCCACAUCUCCCUUUGCCACAGGCAUGCAAAUGCAAAAUGAACCUUUAUUAAGUGAUGCUAUGGAAACUCAAAUGUAUUUCGGUCAAGCUCCCAGUGCUGUGCCACGUCAUCUCUUGGGAGAUGAUGACUUUGUGGCCCAAAGUCCCCGCAAAGGCAAAUGUGACAAUAGCAUGGACGCUGUUUCGGUGCCUAAAUUGUCAGAAUUCGAGCAAGAAGCAGAAAAACGACCCCAUGAAUUUGAGCCAGGAAAUGUUGUUGGCUUCCAACAAAGAGAUGAAGUCAUGACACCCGAUCAGGCCAUACAACAAUUACCACACGACGAUCUAGUAGGAGAGCAAGAUAAAGAAAAUUGCGAACCUACAGAUUCCACUGAUUUCCAGCCUUCUGGCUUUAUUGAUCACGGUCCCGAAACCUGUGUUGAUCUUGAUGCCGAUUUAGAUAUGCAACCGGCCGCUUUAUCUGCUGAAGAUGAUGUCAUGAAGAGAUCCAUGUAUGUGGCCAGUGAUGAUGCUAUUGAGGAUGUUUUGAACAGUGUUCAGCCUAUUCCCACUGAAAUCGAUAGUGUCAACAAUUCGUUUAUAGAAGAAUCCGCCACAGAAUCGGCUGCCAAUCAAUUGGCUGGCGACAAAGAACUCUUGCAGGUGGAGGAAAAAGAACAUGUCUCGCAUUCACCCUCUACAGAGGAAAUUCAAAUGAACUUACAAAACACUCUUAAUUCCUCGAAUAAGGAUAUACCACAAUUACCCGUUGACAUGGAUAAUGCCAAUAAUAUGCAAGAAUCUAUGUAUAUGGAGCAAGAGCAUCAACAACAACACUCUGAAGAACAUCAAGAACAAGACAAAUUCUACCAAGAAGAACAGCAUUUUGAACAGGAACAGCAACAAGUAGAUGAACAACACUUUGAGAAGGAUAUGCCUCAUGAACAACACGAGGAAGAACAACAACACUUAAAGGAUGAAUUCCAACAGGAAAAACAACUAGAACUAGAACAACAUCAAGAAGAUUUGCCGGUUGAACAACAUCAACAAGAAAUACAAACUACCAACGAAGAAGUUCCACAUGAAGUACAACAACACUUCCAAGAAGAAGAACAUCAAGUUGAGAAACACAUCGAAGAAGUAACACAAGAACAGGAAAAAUUCUCUGAGGAAACACCUGUACAACAGCAAUAUCAAGAUGAAUUACAAAUUCAAGAUCAACCACCCCAAGAUCUCAUGGCCGAUACUCAACAAACUACUGUCGAAGCAAAUGAUGAAAGUAUUUUAGCUGAUACCACAAAUCCUUUGGUGGCCACUGACAGUUUCCUAGACAACUCUCAUUUAGCCCAUGAGCAACAACAAGAAAUUCAAGAAUCAUUUUCUCCAUUCAAAAUCUCCGAUGAAGUUUCUGCCGCCCCUGUUAUGGACUCUCUUCAGUUGGAUGUAUCUGAAAGUGUUGAACAAGCCAAUCUUAGUGAUGUCGUCAUGAGCCCCUCAUCUACAGCCGAUGAGAAACAUUUGCUCGAAGAAACAAAGGAACAACAAUUGUUCUCGAUGUCUGGUUUGGAACAACAAAUGAGUGAGAUGAUGUUGAAUAAUACCGAUGGCCAUCUUUCACAGGUAUGUGUCUUAACAUUUUCUUCUAUUGGUAAGAAUUAAAAAAAUUUUUUUUUAAACAAUUAAUAAUAAAAUUAAUGACAUAUCUCAAAAUUAAUUGAAUUAAUUCCACCCCAUAUACGAUUAAAUUCUUUCAAAGAAAAUCCUUCUGUGAUUUUGUUUAGCUUGGGUCUGCCUUCUAUAAAUUUUAUUUUAUUUCUACAAUAACAUUGUUGUUAUUGUUGCACUGUUGAACUUUAAAAAUUUUCGCAAAAAAACAAAAAAAAAACUAAAUAAAAAACGCAUUUAAAUAUAGAUUCUCGCGCAUUGCAAAACUCGUACACACACGCAUUUUAUAAUGCUUAUAAAGUAAAGAUACUCUCGUACUAAAAGAUACAUUGAAAAACAUUUUAAAAAGAUAAUUUUUUUCACUCAACUUUUUUGCGUUUUUUAAAAAACCAAAAAAAAAAAAAGACGAUGGUCUAGGCCAUUUGCUACCGCAUUGCGUGGCUGUCUGAAUGACUGGCUCGUUGUUGCUGUUUUUGUUUUUGUUGUUGUCUUGGCUAAAAGGAUGGAUGAAUGAUGUUGAUGAUGAAAGUAAAAGCAAAGAUGCACUGAUAAAAUUGACAUUUAAAAUAAUUUUUCAUUUUAAAUAAAUAAUCUUUAAUCUUACUUCUUUCUUUUUCCUCUUGUUACUUGUUAUUGUAAAUUAUUAGCUGCAAAAAAAAAAAAAAAAAAAAAAAAAAA